AUGAUUUUGUAUAAAAGUGCAUGCUGCGCAUCAAACAGCAGUGUAGUUCGCAUUUGUCCAUCGGCAGAGCAUCGUCUGGUGAAGUGCCCUCAAAAACCAAAUAUCAAAGAAGCAGCUGGUGUCCACGAAAACGCUCGGUUAAUUUGCAUUCGAAGCGCAUAGAGCUCAUCCCCAGGAGAAGCAGCAGCAGCAGCCAUGCGAGUGCUUUUCGGUGUCAUCGGCGUGGUGGCCAUCGUCGCCGCGUCUCUGGUCCGCGAUGUUGGAGCGGCAAAGCGUGAGGCGCCGCUAAACAAUGCCUACCUGCCCCCCAGUUCCCAGCAGCGUCCCUCCUCCAAGUAUGGAGCCCCGCCGCCCAGCUCUUACCUGCCACCCGCCUCCGGUCCAGCGCCCUCGUUCAACUCCGGUCCGUCCAGCAGCUAUUCGGCGCCCUCGCAGAGCGCCUCCUCGGGCGGACCCUAUCCUGCACCGGCUCCUCGUCCUUCCAGCUCUUACGGUCCUCCGGCCUCGCGUCCUUCUUCUAGCUAUGGACCGCCUCCAAGCCGCCCAAGCCAAUCGUACGGACCACCGCCGCAGGCCAAGAAGUCACAUCACCACCGUCGCCCGUCCUCCAGCUACGGAGCUCCAAGGCCAGCUCCGCCCUCGCAGAGCUAUGGUGCUCCUCCAUCCUCCAGCUACGGACCCCCAAAGUCUGCGCCUCCGUCUCAGAGCUACGGAGCCCCAGCUCCUUCGACCAAAUAUGGACCACCCAAGUCGGCGCCAUCUUCCAGCUAUGGAUCCCCUAGGCCCGCACCACCCUCAUCGUCCUACGGAGCUCCUGCCGCUCCUUCAUCUUCAUAUGGAGCUCCUGCCGCUCCUUCGUCGUCCUAUGGAGCUUCUUCAGCGCCCUCUUCUUCUUAUGGAGCGCCUGCUCCACCCUCCAAGUCAUACGGAGCUCCUGCAGCCCCAUCUUCGUCGUAUGGAGCUCCUGCAGCUCCUUCAAAGUCUUAUGGAGCACCGCCUGCCCCGCCAUCAUCAUCCUACGGACCACCAAAGUCGGCUCCUGCUCCACCACCAUCCUCCAGCUAUGGAGCACCACCACAGGCGCCCGUCAGCAACUACCUGCCACCCGCAUCGCGACCCUCAAAGCCUUCGUCCAGCUAUGGAGCGCCCAGUGUGAGCAGCUUUGUGCCCUUGGCCUCGGCGCCAUCGACCAACUAUGGAGCGCCAUCGAAGACCCAGAGCCUGGGCAGCAGUGGCUAUACUUCGGGACCUUCCUCGUAUGAUGCUCCCGCGGCACCGCCCUCGUCUUCGUACGGAGCACCCUCGUCCUCGUUCCAGCCUAUCUCACCGCCUUCGUCCAGCUACGGCGCACCCAGCAGCGGAUCUGGCUCAAGCAGCGGCAGCUUCUCGGCGGCUCCUUCGUCCUUGUACGGUGCACCAAGCAAGGGUUCCAAUGGUGGAUCCUUCCACUCGGCUCCCUCCAGCUCGUACUCGGCUCCCAGCGCCAGUGCCAACAGUGGAGGAUCGUAUCCCUCGGCGCCUUCGUCUUCGUACUCGGCGCCCAGUCCCAACUCAAACAGUGGAGGCCCGUAUCCCUCGGCUCCUUCGUCGUCUUACUCGGCACCUAGCUCCGGAUCUAACAACGGUGGACCCUACCCGGCUGCUCCCUCCUCUUCGUACUCCGCUCCCAGUGCGGAUGCCAACAGCGGAGGCUCUUAUCCCGCGGCUCCCUCUUCUUCCUACUCGGCACCUAGCUCGGGAUCAAGCAGCGGCAGCUUCUCGGCUGCUCCUUCGUCCUUGUACGGUGCACCAAGCAAGGGUUCCAGUGGUGGAUCCUUCCACUCGGCUCCCUCCAGCUCAUACUCGGCUCCCAGCGCCAGUGCCAACAGUGGAGGAUCGUAUCCCUCGGCGCCUUCGUCUUCGUACUCCGCGCCCAGUCCUAACUCAAACAGUGGAGGCCCGUAUCCUUCGGCUCCUUCGUCGUCUUACUCGGCACCUAGCUCGGGAUCGAACAACGGUGGACCCUACCCAGCAGCACCACAGUCUUCGUACUCGGAACCCAGCCCUGGCGCCAACAGCGGAGGCUCUUAUCCCGCGGCUCCCUCUUCUUCGUACUCGGCUCCUGGAGCUGGUUCCAGCUCUGGCGGACCCUAUCCCGCCGCACCAUCUUCAUCCUACUCCGCUCCUAACUCAAACAGUGGAGGCCCGUAUCCAUCGGCUCCUUCGUCGUCUUACUCGGCACCUAGCUCCGGAUCUAACAGCGGUGGACCCUACCCGGCGGCACCAUCCAUCUCGUACUCUGCCCCCAUCUCGCCACCAUCUUCGUCAUACGGAGCACCUGCCUCAGGACCAUCCCAGUCCUACAGUGCCCCUUCAUCUUCGUAUGGAGCUCCAUCAACCGGAUCCGGAUCUAGCGCCGGCUCCUUCUCAUCCAGCCAUCACGCAUCAGGCUCAUCCUUCGCCUCAUCCUCUGCCUCGAGCAGCGCUGGUAGCUAUCCCUCGGCUCCCUCCAGCUCCUAUGGAGCUCCCGCUGCCGAUCCCGCUCUGAACUUCCCCAGUGGCCCAUCGUCUAGCUACAGUGCCCCACCCACUGGCGGAUCGUCCAGCUCUGGCCCAUAUCCCAGUGCCCCUUCUCAGGACUCUGGGUAUGAUUACAAUGGACCCAGCCAGGUGCCCGAGACCAUCCAGCAGAGCUACAGCGCUGACGGUGGCUACACUUACCGCAAGAAGUGAAGACAUCAUCCACCCAGCGUUCGCCAUGUGCCUUUGAAUACUCAGCCACCAGCUACCAUUAUGCACCACCAACCACCAGCACCACCUCAUGUCAUCUCUCCGCAACUGUAAAUUAUUCCCCAAUUGACCAGCAAUUCGCCCAUUCUAUCGUAUUCCCCUAAAUCAAACCCAUG